AUGCUGAACAACGAGCAAGUCCCACGGGCCCAGAAGCCUAACAUCAAAGAGGAAGACGUCAUGAAGUGUGUCUUAGAGCAUAAAGAUUUUAAGGUGCCCUCUAAUAUCAGAAGGGAUAUCGCCCCGAAGGAUUUGCCAGCCUUUGAUCAUCUGGAGCACUAUGGCGUCACCGACGACCAGUCACGCGAGCUGUGGGAGAGGGAAGUACGUCGCUUGGUGAGGUACGCCAACAAUAGAGAGGAAGAAUUGCAGUUCUCCGAUGAUACUCUGUUCAAGGAUGACUCGGGCUCGCCGCGUGCAUACCGUUGCCUUGCAAAUCUGGCCGACCGCAUUUUGGAUUGUGAUAGGAUCAGACGCCACGACAAUGAGUUCCUCCUUCUGAAGCAUUGCAAAGAUCUCCACGUCAGCCAGGCAUACGAGCGGGACCGGAGGUUUCUCUGUAGAUUCGAGACCGGUUCCAUGGACGACGAAAUGACGGACGAGGAAAGCCGCACUGCCAUAUUCUGUCUGGUGGACUACACCACGGCGGUCUUCGCUCGCUUUUUCAUUCAAGCCGCUUACAGUGAUGAGUGGGCACAAAAUUGUCUUGCAAUCCUGGCUACCUGGUCAACAGCGAUAAAGAUCAUCUCCGAAAAACCGGCCGCUUUUUCUACCGUGUCUUUGGACAGAACCGAAGAGAAGACCGAGUCCGACAAUUCGAAGCGGAAACUUCCGGAAGUGGUCGGAGGCGGUCCUGGGGAGAAACGAGAUAUUGAAACCAUGGAUCAAGGCCUCAAAGAGUUUUAUAUUGCCAAGAAAAAGAAAUAUAGGCAACUCGAAGACCUGGUGCAGUAUCUGCUUGCCAGUUUGACGGAACAGAGGAUUGGUUGUCUCACCAAAUACGAGAUCUGCUCCAUUGUUUACGAGACUGGGCUCGAGGGCUUCCAAACACUGCUUUUCAGGGACCGCGAGGGAGAGCUUCUAGCCACUUCGGACCCGCCCUGCCUGAAUAUCGCUCACUCGGGUUUUGCUAUUCUGGACAGAACCGUGCAAUCCCUCCGGAGAGAAUAUACUCGCAACCCGCCUUCAAUCGCAGGUACUACCACUUCCACGCUACAGACUAAGGUUACCUGGAGUUAUAGUAGCGACAUGGUAGGCCAUGAAGAUGGAGCUCCUCACAACCCUUUGGACCAGGGACACACUCCGGAACAACACUUGCCUCUGGAAAGCAUGAGAAAUAUCAUCACUGUCACAGUCGCACUUCUCAUAACAUCUCCAAUGAUUGUUUCAGCAACCAUUGACAUAAUCAGGCUGAUUGCUCUCACCAAUGUCGAGAAUCCGGACGAAACGAUUCGACCUUAUGAGACGACGAAAUUCAAGGCAUUUUUCCGUAUAUACACCAGCGACUUUGAGAAUGCGGGGGGCGAAAAAGGCGGUUAUGUUUCAACAUUGUCCAAAGGUUUGAUGACCAGGGACAAGCUCCUUUCUGGGCCGAAGAUCGCAGCUAUUUCCGGUUCCACUCGAUUCAUGGACACUACCGUGUCCUCUCGAAAUGCAUCUGCGCGUGUCAAUGCCCUCAGCAUCAGAGAUGCGAACGAAAGGAUGAAUGAAUGGAUUUUCGAUCAAAAAGCCGUAAUAGUGAAUUGUCGAUUCUACGUAUGGACCGUUAUCACUUCGGCUGCCAUUCUUGUGGUUGGUGGUCUGGCCAUAGGCUUCACAGUUCGCAACAGAAUCGUGGCAGUCGAUCCUUUCAAUAUUACGACUUACGCCUGGGUUCUCGCCGCCUUUCUUGUACUGAUCUGCAAAAGCGUCAGAGUUGAGACCUGGUCGUGGCGAGACUUUCUGAACUUCACGGUGCAAUGCAAAAGCAUCAGCGAACUCCACGACGUCACCGGCAUUCCCGAGCAACUCAUAAUCGCCAAACUUUUGCACGAGGAGCGCACGACGAUCCUCCACACGCGUGGGCCCUACAACUUCGCCUUUACGAGACGUUCCGACGACGGCUUCUCGAUCGACGUUCCGCUCACCAUGUGGACCAUGUUGCUGAGCGGAUUGAUUAUGGCACAGGUAAUGACUCCGCAAGGCUACGCACUCGUCUGUUUGGAUGUGAGACGUGGAACCAAGUACUCGUGCGUCGGUCACCAGGUGAGCUCAGUGGACGCAAAAGAGAAGUUGGUUUGUCUCGAUCCGACAACGUCACAGAAGCGGGGUACUGGCAAGCACCAUCUCUUUUCGCUUCAGAAGAAGGAGAUAGAUUGGAUGAGUGUGCAGGGCCUGUUCAACAUGCCUGACGCAGAAUUUGUGUGA